GUGACUGUGUGUGUGGAGGACUUUCCCCUUCUACGGCACCUCUGGCCCCCUCCCUUCCCUCCCCUUCCCCAGCUCGGCAUCAGAUCGCACCCACACGCUCCCACACGCUAGCCGUGUGAAGGACGCUGUGUAAAACGGGUUGGUGUAUUGUUUAGGUGAACACGGCAAUCAAUUAGCCCCAACGACAUCCAUUAACAGCGGUGCCGUCCUUCAGGGAAAGAAAUCGAUCUGAGAAUCGAAAGAACCGACACUUUGUUCUUAUGAGGACCCGGGACUCAAACUCAACAGCUCGCUCGCCUCCGGGUCAGAACGUCAGAAAUUUCUCAUGAAGGCAGCCAACUCCUACUUUGUCGCUGUGGGGAGAUUCGGGGACAUGGCUCUGCACACGUCCACCUCACAGAUACUGGUGUAUUCGCACAGUGAAGCUGCGAGAGAGGGUGAGAGAGGGUGAGAGGGGGUGAGAGGGCGUAACACUGUACGAUGCAACGACAACUGCGAGUGGAGAGUGACUAUGAUCAGCUGCCGGACAAUGUGCCAAUCUCGGCCCACAUCGCAGAUGCAGAGGAACAUAAAGGUUUCUCCAGGCACUUUCUGUUUGUGAUCCAGGUGAAGCUGAAGGGUGGAAGCCGACAUUUGAUUUUCCGUCGUUACCGGGAAUUUCACAACCUGCAGCUCAGCCUCAUGGACACCUUCCCCGACGGCCAGAGACAGCUCUUGCCAACCCUGCCAGGGAAAAUAAUUGUUGGAAACAAACAGGAAAUUGCGGAGAAACGAAUCCCAGAACUCAACCUGUACAUGAAGAGGCUCCUCUGUCUUCCCUCCUGGAUUGUCCUCCAUGAAUAUAUCCGAAUGUUUUUCUAUCAAACCAAAUACGACAGUGAGCAGGUUCCUCGCUCGCUGCGCAGACUGAGGCCAGCGACACGGAAAGUAAUCACAAAGCCAAAGCUGGUGGUGACCGACAGGAGCCAAGGCCCCCGAGCCGAGGCUCUGUAUGACUUCUCCGGGGACAAUGUGCUGGACCUGUGCUUUGUGACUGGAGACCUGAUUUUCCUGCUGCGCAGAGUCAAUGCCGAUUGGCUGGAGGGAAGUGUGCGGGAUGAGACGGGGAUUUUCCCCAGAUCGUUCGUGAAGAUGGUGAAGGAUCUGCCGUAUGGCAGUGCUGACGGUGAUCACACAGUCAAUUACCUGCGCUGUGUGUACCACUCUCCCGAGGGCGUUACCAUCAGGGACAUCGCUGUGAAUGAACGACUGUCCGUGAAACCAACCUACAAGGACCUCAGCUCCCUGGUCUGUGCGGAGUUCGGGCACCAGGAUCUGGCGGUGAAUUACCGCGACGCGGAGGGUGACCUGGUGAGGAUGACGGACGACAUGGACGUGGAGCUGAUGGUGGAGGAGGCCCAGGGCCACUCGCUGGGCCAGGACUACUUCCCCUGGCAACUCCACGUGACCAGUCACACCGACCUGUCCCUCUACAACACCCAGCCGUGACCCACUCCCCCGCCACGUCAUGCUAUCGUCACGCGAUAGUCACACGCCCCACCC